AGCCCCCGUGAUCUUUUCGAUCGAAAAGGACGAUCCUGCCCGAAGGUGCAACGAAACUUCCCCAACUGAAGCCAAUCGUGUGUGAUAUGGCAACUGACAAAGCGCAAGUUUAAGACCGUAUUCUUACUUCGUCGAUGUGAGGUGUGCCUCAUCCUUUUGUUUUGGACUUUGGAGUGUGCAGUGGAACCUGCUGGCAGUUGAGUUUUCUUUCAGUUACUCCUUCCCGGGAAGAAACUAUUUAUUACCAUUACUCGCAAAAAGGAUUUCUCCGGCUUGCAGUUUCAAAACCCUAGAAACAAUGGCGACUGAAUCGAAGCUCGAGCUUCGUGAGCUCGGAAAAACAGGCAUGAAGCUCAGUUGCGUUGGCUUUGGUGCCUCACCUCUCGGCAAUGUUUUCGGUCCCGUCUCCGGGGAGGACGCCAUUGCUACUGUCCGUGAAGCGUUUCGUCUCGGCAUCAAUUUCUUCGACACUUCCCCAUACUACGGAGGGACGUUGUCGGAGAAGGUCCUAGGGAAGGCUCUUCAGGCUCUUGGAGUUCCUAGAAGUGACUACAUUGUGUCCACGAAGUGUGGACGCUAUGUGGAGGGGUUCGAUUUUAGUGCAGAAAGAGUGACAAGAAGUAUAGACGAGAGCUUGGAGAGGUUGAAGCUGGAUUACGUGGACAUACUGCAGUGCCAUGAUAUCGAAUUUGGGUCUCUCGAUCAGAUAGUAAACGAGACGAUCCCUGCACUUCAGAAGCUGAAGGAAGCUGGAAAAAUCCGAUUCAUUGGUAUAACCGGACUUCCAUUGGGGAUUUUUACCUAUGUGCUCGAUAGAGUACCACCUGGUACUGUCGAUGUGAUCCUGUCAUAUUGCCACCACAGCAUUAAUGAUUCCACUCUAGAGGAUCUGCUCCCUUACUUGAAAAGCAAGGGUGUUGGUGUCAUCAGUGCUUCUCCGCUUGCAAUGGGACUUCUCACAGAGAAUGGUCCUCCAGAGUGGCACCCAGCUUCGCCAGAACUUAAGUCUGCAUGCCGGGCUGCAGCAGCUCAUUGUAAGGGAAAGGGAAAAAACAUUUCAAAGAUUGCUAUGCAAUACAGCUUGAUAAAUAAAGAAAUUUCAUCUGUUCUUGUUGGCAUGAACUCUGUUAGUCAGGUCAAGGAAAACGUUGCUGCUGCAAUGGAACUUGCUACUGCUGGAAAGGAUGAGGAAACCCUUGGAGAGAUUGAAGCUAUUCUACAACCUGUGAAGAAUCAGACAUGGCCAAGUGGUAUUCAGAAAAGCUAGUACAUGUUGAAGCAACACUGUUGGAGGGCAUCUCUGCUUUCAAGUUUCAACUACGUAACCUCCAAAGACUAUCUAUUUGAACGUGAUUAGUCAUAUGUCUGCCAAGUAGAAUUCAUCUUAAGUGAAGUUGUGGAUUCUUUUCUUAUGGAGCUAAAUCAAAUAAAUUUGAGCCAUUCUACGAAGGUGGCGCACCGUCUUUUCUCAAGUAGUAGAAUUGCAUUACAAUUUAUACUUUAUAAUCUAAGCAAAAUUUACUGUGUCAGGAGCCAGUUUGUUAAGUGUGCAGGGUAGUCCAAAAGCACCAGUAUCCAUAGCCUAACUGCUUUUGCUGGGGCAUCCCUUCAAGACCGACGUCGUACAUGGACAUGGGCAACCCAUCAAAAGAAAGGAUGACGCACAAGCGCAGCAAAAUGCCCCAAAACGAGGCAUGGCAAUAAGGGCCUCAAUUAGGGGUAUCAAUAGAGUCGGGAAAGUUUCUUCCAACAAAUUUUUUGAUGAAUAUUCCUUUGUGGCCAGCCUCCCUUGUGCAGGUUACCUCCCAGGUGCUGAAUAAGUAAUCCCCUAAUGAGAUUCAAAGUUCUGAAAAGACGUCAACUUAGGGGCUUAAUUCUGUCAAUUACCAAUUCUGCUCCAGCGUAAAGUUGGACCCAUACGGUGUUCUAUUUGACCUCUUAUUUUCUUUUUAUUUAACAUUGUUUUUUGGGGUUGCUUAGAUCUAUAUUUCCUUUCUAAACAUUUCUUGUGAUCUUCCUUUUCUGGUUGUGAUUGGAUUUGGAUUUUCCUUUUA